AUGGCAGCAGUGGCGGCGACUUGGCGAGCGCUGCGGAAGGUCGGGCUUGGCGCCGCGGCCGGGCCGCGCGGAUCCUUCCGGCCCGGCGGAUCCUGGCUGGGGUGGCCCAGCAGCAGCGGCGCCCGCAGCGGCCCCGAGGCCCGGCGGCUCUGCACCAGCCCCGCGUUGCUGCUCGCCGCUCGUCGGUUUACAGACAAGCACGAAUGGAUCUCCGUUGAAAACGGUAUCGGAACGAUAGGAAUUAGCAACUUUGCACAGGAAGCACUAGGCGACGUUGUUUAUUGCAGUCUUCCAGAAAUUGGAACAAAGCUGAACAAACAAGAUGAAUUUGGAGCCUUGGAAAGCGUGAAGGCUGCUAGUGAAAUCUACUCCCCCAUCACGGGAGAAGUCAUAGACAUUAACACGGCCCUUGCUGAUAAUCCUGGCCUGGUCAACAAAUCUUGUUACCAAGAGGGUUGGCUUAUCCAAAUGACUGUGGAUAAUCCUUCUGAACUGGACGAUCUCUUGACUGAAGAUGCGUAUGAAAAAUACAUCAAAUCCAUUGAGGAAUAGCUAGAAGGUGCCAAUAGCUAAGCCAGUGCCAACUCCGGUGUAGAUUGUCCCAAAUUACUGGCCCAAAGAGAAGUUGGCGCAGCAGCCGGUUGAGGAAAUUUUCGAGGGGGAAAAAAAAAAAAAAGCACUGCCUUUCUUCAAAUUGCGCGAAAGGCAGUCCCACAAAUGUCUGCAAAAUCAAAACGUCGCUCCGCUUCUCUUUCUAGGCAGCAUCAGGAAUAAUUUCGACUUUUCUCCCCCUCCGUUCUGAUGAAUAUAAUUCCGAGGUUUGAAGUCCAUAACUCCUUCUUGGGUAGAGUGACCUUUGUUGCUGAAAUGAACCCAGAAGGGUUGAUAAGAAUAGAUCUGGGAAAACGAUGCGACAGCCUUAAUUCCACCGCACCACAACUUCUGCUUUUUAUUUGUACAGAUUUUCUUCCUUUUUCUUCUUCCACCAGCUUUCCCUGGGCGUCUGUUUUCAGUCGGCUUUUUGGUCACCUACCAGAAGCUCUGCUGCUGCCUUUGGUAUUAGUGAAAGUCCUCAGAGAUUAGAUGGUCCGAAAGGGCAAGUGCUGGGCUGGAGGCGUGCGAGACCUCCAGCUAAUCUUUCCUGCCUUGCAGCAGAUAAGAUAGCAGAAGUUAAUAAAAAAUCCUGACUU